AUGGCCUCGCGGACCGGACGGCUGUCUUCUCUCCGCCUGUUGUUUUCUGUUUUUGUUUAAUUGUUUUCAAUGCUUCUGACAUUUAGAAGUUAUGGGUAUAUGUAACAAUUUAAGACAUUAUGUCCUCUACGUUAAACACACAUUAAGAUUAUUAUACUAGCUAUGUUAUAAGUGAUUACAGUGACACAGUGCUAUUAAAUUGAACUAUAUGAUGGCCGAAAUUUGGAAGAUUGAAAAAGACUUGUGCCGUUGUUGCCAUUCCGAGGGGAUAUAUCAGAAAUUAUCUGAUGUAUUUGAUGUGGGAGAGAGACAAGGAAUCUUUUCAGAUAUAAUUUGGCGAACUUUGGGUAUUAGAAUAACUUCUGUUGAAGAGCCUCUACAUUCCAGCACAUACUCAAUAUGCGACGCCUGCAUUGUGCACUUAAAAGAUGCCACAGUCUUCAAGCUUCAGAUCAGGGAGUGUGAGCGUAUCUUCCAAGACAUGUAUGCAGAAGGAGCCAUUAUUAAAGCGGAAGCACACACGGAAAUAAAACAGGAACCGGAUACAGAUGAACAAUCGAUGGACACCGGCCAUGUCGCUGAUGUCUUCAACAAUGAUGACGAUGAAGCAGCUGGCAAUGAUGAUGUCCACGAUGAUGCCCCUGGUGGUGAUGAAACUGAAUGCGAAUUGAAAAUAGAUAUUGAAUUGUGUAAUGAGCAACCGGAGGCGGAAACCAAGAGGAGGAGCGCCCGCUCCAGGAGAGCGGCGUUGAAAGAUACAAAAACACAGCCGAAGAUCAAAUCUAAGCCAAAAGCUAAGAAAAAGAAUGUGGCACUUGAGAACGGGAGUAAGAAAGGCACCAUGCCUGCGUUUCGCCUUACCGAUGAGGAUUACUGGCGCGACGGCGACGUCUACCAUUGCGCCCGCUGCGACAAAACCUAUACGAAAUUCUUUUCACUCCGCUGCCACGUAAAAAACAAACACUACAAAAUACCGCGUUUCACAUGUCCCUAUUGCGUUGCCAAAUUCAUGACGGCCGCGCCUCUGACUGUACACAAACUGCAAGAACACAAUAUCGACGACAGGUUCAAAUGUAACGCGUGCAAAGGAACGUUCAACACGAAAGUGCAGCUGAGGAAACACAUUAACAACUUUCAUAUGCUAGGCGAGAAACACAAGUGCGAGUUUUGCGACUACGAGUCAUUCAGCUUCGAGGGUUUAUACAAACACAAGGUUAAGCAUAAAACUGUGAAAGACUACCACUGUAGGUUCUGUAGGAAGUCGUUUUUGAGGAAAACCAAUUUGGAUUUGCACGAGAGGAUUCACACGGGCGACAGGAGGAAGAUUUGUAAAGUGUGCAGUCAGGCGUUUGUGCAGAAGGCUAGUCUGAAUUAUCACAUGACGAAGUACCACCCUGAAGUGAAUUUCUGAGCAAUUUUUUUUUUCUAUAAACGAACAAUCACGUCGAGAGAGUGUCCGAAUUGAACAAAUUAUGUCUGUCCGUUCGAAAAUGGAUCUUAAUACUGUAAUAUUAAGGCACACAUUCGUUCACAAUGAACUGAGUUUUGUAUCUGAGGAUUGUGUACUUUAUUGAAAAAAAAAAAUAAGAUUCUUUUUUAAUGUCUUUUAAUUUGACGUACAAAAGUGCGGUCGUCUGAGAAUCUAGUAUGUAUUUUGAAGGAAUUCGUUUAAAAUAAUACGAUGCAGCGACCCAAAAUAUUGUACCAAUAUUAAAAUGUUACUUUUGUUUUAUCGUGAACAUAUAUGCUUUUAAGUUAUAUAAAGAUAUUUUAUUGUAACAAAGACAUUGCAAUACAUAUGAAUUAUAUAUAAAGUAGGAUAUAAGUUAAUUUUGUAAUUUAAAAAUACUUUUUUUUUUAAACAUAGCAAGAGAUAUUAAUAUAUCUUAAAAAUUAUAUAUUUUGAUAGUUACGUUACAAUAAGUUGAUGUAAAUGCCAUUAUGUAAUGUUACAAAAUGUUUGAGUUUUUUUUAAUGAAAUUAAUUGAUUUUUAAGUAGCAAAAAAACGAGCUAAGUGCGAGCCGGACUCGCGUACUUAGGGUUCCGCACCAUCAUCACAUUUGUUACUUAAAUUAAUUUAAUAGUUAAUUAAAAUCGACCAAUAAAUUGUUUAAAAAUAUAUAGAUACGCCAUGCAAUUACUUGGGUUUUUAUAACAACGCCAUCUAGCCUAAACCGGUAGAACUACAACGCUGUCAAUACAUACCACGUUGCAUGUCCACUCCUAAUAAGUUCAGAGAAAUUAAAUCUCGUUUCAUAUCACAAAAAAAUAUCAGACAGGCUGACUCCUUUAUAUACGGGUGUAACUUUAACGUUAUAUCAGUAACAUGUGUUUAUUUGUGCAGACUGACGUUACAUUUUGUAAAAUAAAGUUAUUGUAUUAGAAUUUGUAUCUUGUUUUUUAAAUUAGUGGGCUUGCAAAAAGCAUGCCUUUGUUUUAUCGACCCUACAGCUUAUUCCUACUGGCUUCAGUUCCUGCACUCUCACUUCUCUGGAGAUCCUUGAUUGGGUGAGUCCAGUAUUUUCACGAAGCAAACCCUUAUCUGAACUCCACAACCUUUGCAGGGGAAAAUCUAAACCUUACCCUGGUUUGACAUCCAGUUGCCUGAAUGUGCAGGUUUCCACACGAUAUUUUCCCUCUAGUUUGACAUUCAGUUGCCUGAAUGUGCAGGUUUCCACAUGAUGUUUUCCCUCACCGUGAGCAUCGGUUAGCACUCAAACUAAUGUACUUAACUGAGAAGGGUCAUUUGAACCUGUGUCUCCAUUCGCACUUUUCACGCGUUUCACUCGUCAUGUCACCGAUGCUUUAGCCGCGUUCAACAGUUCCUACUAAUUUGUUGUGCGUAUAUUUUAGGUUCAGAAUGUAUAUUUCCAAAUGUGCUGUAAAGGACGUAAAAUUAUCUUGAUUAUGAAAUAACUUUAUACUCGUAUCAAAGGGUAUUAAGCCCUUAAUAUGUUUUUCUAGUAAACAUUCUCAA